UUUCCCCAAUAGUUUGCCAAUAGACAAUACUUACAACUUAGUACACAGUUGGUACAGUAAUGAAUAUUAGGCUUAGUAUACGUAUACAGUUAACAUAAUGCAUAUGAAUAUAUUAUAUUCUUAUUGUCCUUUAUAAGGGAGACCCACCAAAGGCUAAACUUUAUAUAUAAUCAUUAAAUACUACAGACAAGACUCAGUAGGUCUGAAGAAAGCUAGCUAAGCUGGGUAUGAAAACUGUGAAAACUGGAGGCAAAAAGCACUCAUUCUCAUUUAAAAAGGCAAAACCUUAUGUCCUAAAUGAAAAUGUAUCCCUAAACCUAACCUGAACCCUAAAUCUAUCCCUAAACCUAACCUGAACCCUAAACUUAUCCCUAACCUGGAUUUUGACCCUAUCGGAACCAGGGUUUUGAUCCUAUCGGCAUUGGAACCAGGGUCUUCACAUUAGCCCAAGCAUUUUAUUGUAUGAACUGAGCAAUUGGGGCUUAAUACCCCAUGGAGCCUAUUAUCCCCUUUUACCCUAAUUAUUAUAUUCUAUUUAGGCCUACUUAGUUAUAGCUUUACAUUACUCUACUAUUUAUUCUAUUGGAAUAGGAAAGUUAAAGCUGCUGAAGUUGUAAAUUAUAAAUUUAAAUAAUAAUUUUAUGUCUGAAAGUUAAAAUGUGAAUCCUUCGUUGCCAGAGAUUGGCAAUUAGUAAUUUAGACAAAUUCAUUGCCUGUCAUAGGCCAGUGUGAUGCUUAUGCUUACCAUUUGUUUGAGGUAUUAGCCUAUUAGUAUAUAAGGGUUGUCCAUAAAGGCAAAGGACGUUCAAAAAUAUACACGUUUACCCCCCCCCCCCUGUCCACAUGUGGCUUACAGUACUUACACACCAUAACACCCCCUCCCCCCAAGUUGUGGGAAUCCGCAUACGUUUCUGGCACUAUGCAGAGCAAAAAGCCAUGAAGUAUAAUAGCUGAUGUUUUUCAAUAAUCAGAGCUCACUGAUGUCAUCAAAAUAUGUAACACAAAAUCAUACCAAGAAAAUAAUAAACAGAAAAUAAAGUUCUUUCUAUAAAACACUCUUUAUUCAGAACUGUAGCCAGUGUACCUUGAAUUGUACAAAAUGAUUACAACAAAAAGAACAGUGAUAGAAGACAUUUACAAUUAAAAAAUUAUUAACAAAUGGGAAUACUUGCAGUGGCCACAUGUAGCAUAAUAAAAAAAAUAUGUUGGCUUGUGGAUGUCAGCCAGAUACUUUACACACCCUCCCCACUAUCCAUUUUAACAAUGACCCUUUACUUUCCCAACCUUUUUGCUGCAACCCCAUUUCAUAUAACCAAAGUGACCUGCAAUCCCCGUAAUGUGUCAUAUUUAUUGAUUUAGUAAUAACAAUAAAGACUUUUGAAUAAGGUAAAAGGAAACAGAUUUUUUAGUUACAACAAACCAUAUAUUUAAUAUGGUACACUGAUUGAAAUUAUAACUCGUUAACAAGCUCCAAAUUUCCAGUUGAGUUUUCAUUAUCCAACCUUAUCUCAUUAUCAAUGUGUAUUGUUUCUCGUUUUUAAUUUAAAAAAAAAGAGGUCUUGAAAAUAUACUCUCACAGAGAUAUGUUAAAAUGGGAGCAUUCAAACUGAAAAAUACCAAUUGAAACUAAAAAUUACCUUAAAAUCAACUUAUUUUAGUUACUGUUUCAGCCAGCAAACCCAAAGGAAAUCAUUUUGGAAACCAUGGCUUAGCCCAUGGCUAUCUUAUGCUGUCACCAAGUUAUUAAGACUUAAAUUUAGUUUAGUGUAAAAAUGUUUAUAGUUACUGAAAUACCUAAUAAUAACUUAGUUUACUAAUUAAGCCUCUUAUAUGUCUUAAAGCAUAUUUUAGGUACUCAAUAAGUAAAAACUAAGUUGCUUUAAAAAAAAAUAUUUAUUAAGUAGGGCUGGUAAAUUAAUUAAAGUUGCCAUUGUCCUAAAAAAUAUAAAUCAAUUGUCCUGAUAUAUUUUAAGUAAGAAGCUUUCCAAAAUAUUUAAUUUGUGGUUACAAAAUAUAAAAAUGUUCCUUAAAUUGGAUUGAUACUAUUAAUUUUAUUAAAAGAUUAGACUUAACCGAAUGUUUGUUAAAACCUAUAUUAUAUUAAGUUGUUAUAGGCACAUAUAGGUUACUAUUUAAUUUUGUAAAAAUAUAAGUCUUGUAUUCUAACUUAUUCAAGAUGUGAGAUUUUUUUUGGAUGUCUUUUGACGUAAUGCAAUCAAUAGGCUACUUUUAUGAUACAAAAAUUUACAAAAUCAACCUCUUAAAAAUAAAACCCACAUCAUAUUUACCUCUAAAGCUAAUAAUUUAACAUUAAAUUAUAUGGUGGCUCAUUAGAGUGUACACUCUUUCUUGGCACUCUGCACUCUCAAAAAUAGGUCUAAUAAUUUUGAUUACAAAAUAUAAAUUGUUUUGUCACCUUUUUAACAUCUAUUAGACUGAAUCACCAAUUAGUAAUCACAUAAAAUUAAUAAAGGGACUACCUUUACAUCUUUGCCUUUCAGUGUGUGUUAUCUGUAGCUGGUCACCAUUCUUCAGGAUAAUACAUCUUCUGUCAGGAUAAUGUGUGAGAACAGUAAUAUCGGUAUCAACAAAAACUGUCAACAUGUUGAGGAUUAAAAGGUCAAGACUUAUUAUUGCUCUGAUCAUAUUUAGUGUGGUAUUUUGGUUUAUCUUAUACUGGAAUUUCACAUCCAUUUAUGCACAUCAUAAGUAUGCUCGGCUGCGCCCAAGACUAGGUGUACAUGACACGCUGCCUAACAAAGGAUUGGAAAGUGAUGAUGUACAGAUUUAUAGUGAAAUAUACCUUGAAAAUCUUGGGAAAGUCGUAACAGCUGAUGACCAAAGAAACUAUGAUGCAGGUAGGUUUAUCCACCUAGAAAAAGUAGUCAGUUAAUUCAUAGAAUUUUAAAGAAAUUAAAGAAUUUUUGCUCAUAUAUAUUAUAUACUUUGAAAAUGUUAACUAUAAUUUAUAAAGAUAUGUGAGACGUAUUAAAUUUUUAAAAUGAAUACCAGUACCUGUAAUGAUGAAAAGUGUCAUGUUUUGGCAUUAUCAUCUUAAUUUUAACUAAUGUUAGGUGUUAAAUCCAAGUGUUAAUUAUUACUAACAGGCAAUCCAUAUAUUAUGUAAGCAGAAAAAUUCCAAUUUCAUAUCUCUUUCCUCCUAGUGCAACAUUUAUUUUUUUGACACCAACUAGGCGUCCUUACAAACAAACAUACCUAUCUGUACAAACAAAAUUGCCCCCAAACAUUAAAAAAAAGCUUAUUAAUUUCAAACGUAUUAAGCCCUGAAAAAUUUAAAAAAAAAGAAAAAAGAGUCACCUUGAGAUCAUUAUUAUUUUAUACCGUACAUAAAGUCUUUAUCUUCAAAAUUUCUUUAUCUUCAAAAUUUCUUGUUUUUGAAAAAAAAAAAAAAAUGAUGAAUACUUUUAUGGUUACCAAAAUUAUUUUUUACAGGUUAUCACACUCAUGCUUUUAAUCAAAUGUUGAGUGAUAAGUUGAGUUACAUUCGACCUCUCCCAGACUUCAGAAAUCGAAGGUAUUAUUUAUAUUUACUAACGUUUAGUAUUGGUAUUCAUGCUAUGGUCAAAUGGUACUUUGCCUAGAAGUACUAAUGGAAAGAGAAUCUGUUAUCAGGAAUCAUUAUUAAUGGUAAAAUUAGAGUUUAGCUCAAGGCACUCAAAAUACUAAACUGUUUCAAUUCUAGAAAAUUUAAAUUUCAUAAAUUAAAAAAUUGUGUCAUUUGCCUGGUGUCAAAUGUUUUUACCUUGUUUUGAAGAAGUGUGAAAUUGAGACUUACCUCUACCUAUUUUUUGUGUGUACAUAUUUAAAAUUGAUAAAAGAGAUAUUUAACAAGUAUACCUGAUAACUGAUUAAUAAAAUAAGCAUAUUCAGAGCACUCAUUUAGCUACUGCAAACUAAUAAAAAAGAAUUCUAGAAAAAAUACCUUGAUCUCCCCAUAGUUCCAUAAAAAGAAAGCUAGAUAAUAUUACAUUUAAAUUUAAUUCAUCUGGAAUGAUAACCAUGACAACCAUUACCCAGAGGAUUUAAAAUUAUUUAUUUUCUAGCUAUUAAAAAUAUAUCUACACUUUUCUUUUUAUUUGCAUUUUAUUUUAUUUAUUUUAAUGAGAAUUUAUUUCAGAUGUAAGGAAAUAGACUACCCUCAGGAUUUACCCAGUGCCAGUAUUGUUAUUUGUUUUUUCAACGAAGCUUUGUCUGCACUCCUCCGCACAGUGCACACAGUUUUAGAACGUUCACCAGCGAAUCUUAUCCAUGAAAUUAUUUUAGUAGAUGAUAACAGUGACAUGGGUUAGUUGCAAAUACAUUUUGAUUUAUAAUUUAUAAAAUCUAAUAUAUUAAUUUUAAUUAUGAAGGAUAUUUAAAUGGGUCAAUUAAAUUGCAGUUUAUGAAUUGAGAUUUUUAUUGUCUGCCUACCUGAAUUAUUUUCAGCACAGGAAAUAGUUUAAAGUAAAUUAGAAACGCAAACAAGCCUGAUAUUUGGAUGUGUUUUAAGAAUUCUUUCUUUGAUUUGUUAAGAUUACCUGAAGACGGAGCUGGACACUUAUCUAAAAAGUUAUCCCAAAGUCAAACUUUUUCACAGUGAAGAGCGGCUUGGUCUUAUCCGAGCCCGUAUGUAUGGUGCGAAACAAGCAACUGGUCAGGUAACUGCUUUUAAAAAAGAAAACAACAAAUAACCAAAACAUUGGCCUUGAGGCAUUUGCACUCUAAUAUAAAAGGAUUCACUUGGUGUCACAUUUGUCAGUAGUUUUUACUAAAGAAAGAAACUUUGAGAUAGGCAUCAUAAAAAAUGUGUAAGCACUAACAGUUUUUGUAUGCCAGUAAAGGCAAUUCUAAUGACAUGUGAUUUAAUUUGGGUUCACAAGGAUCCUGCAGCAUAUAAAUUCAUCACUGGUUGUCACCUUUGUCUUGAAGUUCGAUCUAUGGUUCAAGUUAAUUUCCAUUUUACCCACUUUAUGCGAACUUAAUUGGAUCUUGUUACUCUCUUGAUGAUAAUCAUGAAGAACUCAAAGGGCAUUAAAUAAUGAAUGUUUCAUCCCUGUAUUGGGUAGAAACUUCCCUGAAGGGUUGAGUGAAUCUCAUGUAUCACCAAUUUUUUAAAGUCAGGCUGAAUACCACCUCUGGCAAAACACUGAUUUUGCCCCAAAAAGUUGGCAGGGCUGUACGUGAGUAAGUGGGUUUAAAUUGUUUAAAGCCAGGUCAUCCCCACAAUAAAAGAGCUUAUUUUAUGUCUUAAUAUUAAAAAAAAGUUACAUUCACAUUUUAGUGCAACAUUAUUGAAAAAAACAAAUGUGCCAUUAAAAAAAAAACAAAUUACAUUCACAGGUGUUACUGUUUUUGGAUAGUCAUUGUGAAGUAACAACUGGAUGGUUGGAACCUUUGCUGGCUGCUGUCAAAACUGACCCACACACAGUUUCUGUUCCAGUGAUGGACAUCAUUAAUGCUGACUCAUUUUUUUAUGAAGCUUCUGAUUUAGUUAGAGGAGGCUUCAACUGGGGAAUGCAUUAUCAGUGGGACCCUCUACCUCCUGACUUGACUAAAAAGAUAUUUGAGAAACCUGAGCCAUAUCCGUAAUUGAGAUUUAGCUAUUUAUUAAAUAUCAUUUAGAAGUUGCAGAAAUGCUCUGUGAUGCAAUAAUUUUACUUUACAUAUAGCCCUUUUUUUCAUACUUGAGAAGAAAGGCAUCCAUAUAAAGUUGAUGUUCUGAGUUUUCAAAAUGUAUCACUUGCAUGACACUUGUCAUUAUGAAAAUAGGAUCUAAUUUAUGAACUUAUUUUCUAGAUCUCCAACCAUGGCAGGUGGUUUGUUUGCCAUUGACAGGAAUUACUUUCAUCAUCUCGGGGAAUAUGAUAGCGGCAUGGAGGUGUGGGGAGGGGAAAAUUUAGAGUUAUCUUUCAGGGUAAGUUCUUAAAAACUACUUAGGAUAAGUCUAAGAACACGCUAAACCAAUUGAAACAUUGUUUUAAGACCUAUGUCUUCUAGUUCCACGAUCAGAACAUUAAAACUAGUUCUUUAAAAUUUCUUGUUAAACUGUAGCUUCCGUAAUGACUUUCCUUGUCAUAAAUUAGAACAAUAUUUAUUUGAAUGAGGAGCAAGAGUUUUAAAUUCAUAUUUUUCGUAAUGUGUUGUGAUGAUAAUAAGUAGCCCAAGUGUUGUAAUACUUUAUAAAAGAUUUAUACUGAUGUGAAUACAACAGAUCUGGCAGUGUGGUGGACAUCUUGUCAUUGUGCCCUGUUCUCGUGUAGGCCACAUCUUUCGUAAAAGAAGGCCAUAUGGGGCCCCAGUUCAUGACAGUUUUACUAGGAAUACACUUCGAAUGGUUCAUGUUUGGUUGGAUGAAUACAAGAAAUACUAUUUUCACAUCAACCCAAGAGCAGAAGACAUAGAGUUUGGAAAUAUUACAGGACGAGUUCAGUUGCGUAAAAAUCUCAACUGUAAAUCUUUUAAAUGGUAUUUGGAAAACAUUUAUCCAGAACAACUAACAGUAAGUAAUUUUAGUUCAAUUUAUUUUGAAAAAGCUUAAAUGUUUUUGUAAAUGAGAUUAUAGUUUGUUGGGCUUACUGGAGUUUUAACCUUUCUUAUGCUGAAAAAUAUGAAUGAGAAUUGUUUCCUUUUUUUUUUUUUUUUUUUACUUUUUACAGAAGCUACCAGAUCUUAGCCAGUCUCUUCAUGCUCAAGCAGUGGAUAACAAUUUCAGACCUUCAAAAGUAAUAAUAAGGGCUCGUGGCUUGGUGAGUAAUCUUCAACUGUUUUAUCUCUACUAAGUAUUUGAAAUGGUUCAUAAACUUAAGGACAUGUUAUUACAAUUUAAAAAAAAAAGUUUUCUUUGUAUUUCAGGGGUGUGAAAAAGUGUUGGGUAGGCCUAUUUAAUAAUAAAUUUCUAAAAAAAUUCUGUGAUGUAAGAAACAUGAACAUCUAUAAAUAGAUAUGUCUUUAAAAAAAGUCUGAUGUACUAUUUCCUAAAUAGACACUUCAAGGGCUUUGAAAUUGUAAUAAUAUUUGUUUUGAGAAUAUAAAACAUUAAAACAAUAUUCAACUUACAUUCGUAUUUCAACAACCCCCGAACAUUUUUUUUUCCAUAUAAAAAUCCUUUCUAUGCAUUUUUUAUAAAUUUAUUUUAUAUUAAUAUUCUAACGUCCCACCCAAUUUUACACUGCAUAUUUAUUUCACCAACUAUUUCAGUAAAACGAAAGUAAAUAUUAUGCACCAAAUGCAGUUGCAAUAUUUGUUUAAAAAGAAUAUCAUUUAGCCCAGUUAUCUGGAAUUUUAUUUCAUGAAAUCAGUGGCAUAAUAUUUUCUUCAUCUUCCCCUUGAAAAACAGAUUUUUUGGGGGUUUGGGUAUGGGGCUGAAAUUCAAUAGAAUUUUUUGUCAUCGGCAACGGGUCUAUUUCAGCUCAAUAGGUUGAUGGGAAAUGGGUCAUUUAGCUGUCUGAAGAUUUUGCCUUAAAAACAAGAACAAAAGCAAAGUUGAUAUAAAGGAUUUAAAAAUAGUAUUUUCUAGAUGUUGAUACUUCGCAUAAGCAGGUAGAAAGUAGAGCAAUAUUCCUUUCAUUAGUACCUCAAUAACACUGGGUCAUAUUUUCUAGUAUUAAAAUAAAUUAAUAUGAGGCAUACAUGCAUCAUUUCAAUAACCAUACUGCAAAACAUGAUCUAUACAAAAUAAUGUCUCCCCAUGUGUCACUUAAAUUAAAUUCAUACCUAAGCACCUUAACUUAAACUCAUCCUGGGUAUUUAAAUUGCAUAAACCUUCCUCCUUUAAUCAAAUCAGUUUAGAGAAGUCUGAUAGAGAAAUAUUCAUGGUGCCUAAAUUAUAAUUAUAUUCUUCUCUAGUUGAAGCAUGUAAGCUCUGGCCUGUGUGUGCAGUCAGAAAAAACAGUGUAUGAUAAAAGAGCACUUGUUCAGCUUGCUAUGUGCAAGCCUGGAGACAAAGAUCAGGUAGAGAUUUCCUGUUAAAAUAGAUGGCACAUUAACACCAUUAUCAACAGUAUCUAUAAAAUGUUAUUUAUCCUGUAUGCCAGAUGCUUUUAUUUGUAAAAAAAAUAAUGAAGAAUUGAAAUCUCCAUUACUAUAAAAAAAGUUUCCUUAAACAAAAUUUCAUAUCUAAUUUUUGCAGAAUUAAAAAUUGAAUUCGUGACUAAUAAACUGUCACAUAUGAUCCCUUACAUUUUGAUGCUCUAAGAGUAUUGGGAUAUUUUUAUUCAAUUACUCUCUGUUUACGUUAUAAUUUCUUUGGACUUUGAAUUGUGUUUUUCUGUCACGGAAUCUUAAAAACAUUUUUAAUGAUGAUUAUGAUCCACAUAAUCCCUCAAGCUCUGGUUUGAAAGUGAGCAAAAGGACUUAAGGUUGGCAAACUUAUUGUGCCUGGAUGUAAAUCAAGAUGAAGGACUUUAUGCCAGACUCAUGAAAUGUAAAGGUUCGAACCCUCAGACUUGGAUUUGGUCAGGAAAGGUAAUUAAGUCCGUUAUAUUAUUUUGAAAGGAUUUUUAAAGAUGAAUAAUGCAUUGUAUAUUCCCUGUUGUUAUUCUGUAGCAUUUUUUCAUUACACGUGUUAUUAAUAUGAUGACAUUUUAUCUUACGUUGUCAGGAUUCAAAUCGUCAGUUGAUGAAUUAUGGAACAGCUGAGUGUUUGGCAGCUACAGGUGUCGAGCCAGGCGCCCUCUUGAAGACAGAAAAGUGUAGUGAAAGUCCUCUCAUGUUGUUCAAACUUGUCAUAACCUGAGCCAAUGAAAGACAUUGUUACAUUGUUAAGAGAUACCCUAUGACUAUCAGGGCAAUAGUGGAAUUAUAAGAAAUCUUUUCAUAACCUGAGACAUUGUGAGAGACAUUGUUAAAAGAUAGUCUUUCACUAUUAGGGCAAUAGUAAAAUAAUAAGAAAUCUUGUCAUAACUGAGAUAAUUUGAAAGGCAUUGUUAAGAGAUAGUCUUUCAGGACAAUAGUAGAAUUAUAAGAAAUCUUGUCAUAGCCUGAGACAAUAUGAAAGACAUUGCUUUGAGAAAGCCUAUCAGGGCAAUAGUAGAGUUAAAAGAAAUCGUGUCAUUAAUAAGACAAUGUGAAAGACAUUGCUUAGAGAUAGCCUAUCAGGACAAUAGUAGAGUUUUAAGGAAUCUUGUUAUUAAAUAAAGUCUAAAAUUCAUGUGAUAUAUAAAUUAUAGAUCUAUCAGCAAAUUAAUAUGAAAACAGUGAUUUGUAACAAAAAAUAUGCUGAAUAAAG